AUGUCAAACUUUGAUUUCGAUUUGGUUGAAGUCAAGAAGGAGGAGAUCGAUUUGAUUAAUCAACAAAAAGAGGAAAAGUUAAUCAAAGAACAAGAGGAAAAAGAGAGAAGGGAGAAAGAGGAAGAACAACAACAACAACAACAGGAGGAGCAUGAACAACAACAACAACAAGAGCAACAAAAUGUUGAACAAGUAACAGGUCAACCAACUGGACAAAAUGGUCCAGACGAUGCAUCGUCAAAACAACAGCAAGUUGGUGAUGUAGUCUCAACUAGUACUACAACAACAACUACUUCUACAACUACCUCUGUUUCAACAUCUGUUAUUGAAGAUGAAUCUCCACUGCAGCAACAACCUGAACAACAAAAUAAUGAUGAACAAGCAACUUCAUCAAACAAUCAGCAGCAACAACCACAACAACAAGUUCAACAACAGCCAGAACAAGGUAUAAUUGAAGGUGAUGAUUUGAAUGAACUGUUGGCAAAGAUUCCAUCGAAUUAUGUGCUGACAACUAUCACCAAUGAUAUUAAGGGUUUCUCGGAGGAGUUGAGACCGGCCACUAGCAAGCCGUUCGACUCCAUCUUGAAUACUGGUGAGCAUGCCAAACUGGCAUUCCCACCCGCACCAAUCCCACCAAGAACCGAGGCAGAACGUCGCAAACAAGAGGAGAAGGCGAAAGCAGCUGAAGAGGAACGUCGUCGUGUCAUUGCAAACGCUCCAACAACCUCAACUUCAACAACUUCAACAUCGGAACUACCAACAACUCUACAAAGAGCUGGAUCAACUGCCGAUGUACUAACAACAACUGAUCAACCAGCACCGGUUUCACCACGUUCCAAAUCCGAAAAGGACAAGGAAUCGAGAGCAAAGAAAUCGGUUACCGCCGGUGUUGAUAAGAUCGCCAAGAAACGUGAGGAAGACAAAGCCAAGGAAGAAUUGAUAACGGUAACAUCGUUCUCCUCUGGACAUCAGAAGGAAGUUGACGCACCGAUUGAAAUCACUUUCAGUCAUCCACUCGCCAUUACUUGUCAAGAGUCUAGCAAGUUGUUCUGGGCACCGGAAAUCGUUCCUGCCAACGCUGGAUUCACUGCGGAUUCUCCAACCGACGGAUGGACUUAUAACGCCGAAGAAAAGAAGCUGACAUACACUCCACAACAACCGUGGUCGCGUAGUACCAAAUACACUGUGAAGAUUCCAGCGACAGCCAAGCUCUCAAACAAUCAAACGAUUGCUCUGAAGGAAGUCACUCAUGAGUUCUCCACACAGCUCGUAGAACUUGUUGCCACCCUCGAAAAGAUAACCACAUCAACUCGUUAUCCAACCACUCAAACUAUAUUCAUGGCAUUCAGUCAACCGAUUGUACCAGGUGAUCUCAUUCCCCACGUAAAGAUCUCGGGAUUGCGUGAAGGUCACGGUGAGAAUACUCUUCAACUAGUUACCGAGGAUGAAAUGAAAGAUGAUCCAUCGCUUUCCGCAUUGGUCGCUGCUCAUCCAGGUAAAUGCUAUGGUAUCAAACCACUGUUUGGUGUCCAACCAUAUCGCGAGAUUAGCGUCACCAUUAUCCCCGGACUUUCAUCCACCGAAGGUCCAUUGAAAACUACCAUCCCUAUCACCUUUUCCUUCAACACCGUCAUGCUAUUCAAAUCCAACAUUGAAUUCUCCAAUCCAAAUGUUAAAAUUAACUUUACCAACACAUUAGAUAAUUCAAAACCAAUAACAUGGAGACCAACAAUUACACCUAAUCCACCUGCUGGAGAAUGGGAAGUUGAUACUCAAUCAAUGACUUACAAGGCGACUGAGAAGUGGAAUGGAUCGACAACCUAUCAUGUUGUUAUUGAGAAUGGACCGUGCGAUCACCACAGACAACCACUCGAGAAACAAACACUGACAUUCACCACCGCUCUGAUUGAGAUGACUACAACUUUGUGGGGUGGUUUCAAUGCUGCUCCCUCGAGCGCAGCUGCUAGCCUCCACGGUGUAUUCAACGAUCCAACCAUCUUUGUCGAUCUCUCGAGAUUCGAGCGACUCUACCAACCGAAUUCAAUCAUUUUCGUGAAAUUCAAUCAGUUGGUCAAUGUCGAGCAAUUCAUGAAAGAGGUAAUCACUGUCAAGACAGCGACAAACCGUCUCAUGGCAAAGAAUAUCGAGUUGGUCGUGUUGAAACCUGAAGACUUGGUGACUAGAAAGAUUGAAACCUCGCCAUAUCCAGCCUAUACUUCCGAUCCUUUGGAGGAAGGUCGUUGGCUUGCUAUUGGUGCAGCCAAAGGAUUCCCAGAGGCACAGACCCUCCGUCUUGAAAUCCACGGUGACACCAUCUCCAACGAAGGACCACUCAAAACUCAGCUCUCCUACAAGCAAAACUUUGAAACCGUGCCAACCAUCUCUGUGGACGCCAGUCUAAUCAUCCCCAACCUCUUCAAAGUUACAUUCAACCAACCGUUCACACUGCAAAUAGAGUCUCUCGAUGCUCUCGGUCCACUGCCAACCAUCAAACCAGAGGUCGAAGGACACUGGACUAUCCAGGAUCAUCUCACUCUCUGCUAUCAUGUUUCAGAGACAUUGGCGUUGUCCACUCAGUUCCGAGUGGAAGUACCGACCUCUUUGAAGACAUGGUGUGGAGCAGCAUUGGAAAAGCCAUUCGUCGCCACAUUCUCUACGGAGCGUCAAUCGGUUUUGGAUUUCCUUCCAAAAGCUCACUCAACAGUGCGUAUCGAUCAGGUAUUCUCCAUUCGUUUCAGUCAGUUGGUCGACGUCGACAGUGUCAUUCAAUCGAUCAAGAUCGUUACCGAUGACAAACUCAAACUCUUCAAAAACAAAUUCGAAGUGGAAGCUGUUUAUCACUCGAACGAAGAGCUACUCACACUCUUCCCAGCAGUUGCACCAGAGUCCGUCUUUGACAAGGUUGUAUCUUUCCGUGUACCAAAAUACUUGCCACAUAAUUCUUCAAUCAAAAUUGUUUUAUCACCAGGUAUUUUAUCAAAACAAGGUGCUCUUCCAACUAUCAAUGAAUUUGGUCCAUAUCACUACAACGUAGAUGAGAAAUUCCAAGUUUUGUCCAAGUUGAUUCCAAGUACAGAGUUGAGUGGACAAAUCAACAUUUCAAUUCCAUUCAACAGAGAGUUGAGAACUACCAUUAAGAAACAAGUCAGCGAAACAAAGAAGCAAUCAUCAAAGGUAAGAUCAACUUCCACUGAAAAACCAAGUGAAUCUAUUCCACCCGUUUCAGAGGUAUCCAAAGUUGAAGAGCCAGCAAAGUCUGUCGCUGAAGAGGACAAGAAGAAGGAUGAAGAACAACCAAAGGUUGAGGAGAAGCCAGUUGAAGAGCAACCAAAGGUUGAGGAGAAACCAGUUGAAGAACAGCCAAAAUCAACUGAAGAACAACAACCAAAGGUUGAAGAACCAAAACCAGUUGAUGAGCAACCAAAGGUUGAGGAGAAACCAGUUGAAGAGCAACCAAAGGUUGAGGAUAAACCAGUUGAAGAACAACCAAAAUCAGAAGAACAAAAGUCUGAGGUUGUUGAAUCACCAAAGGUUGAAGGUGCUGAAGAAAAGAAGGUUGAAACUGUUGCAGAGGAAGUGAGUGCAGCCACAGUUGAGAAGGAUGAAGCUUCAUCAUCUUCUACAACAACUACCACCACUGCAGCAGCAGCUACAACUGUUGCUGUUAGUGCAUCAUCUUCAUCGUCAGUCGCAGUUGCAGAACCAGAAGAAUACGUUGAUAUCGAAUGGAGUCAAUUCGUUAGCAUUCAACCUGCCGUACCAGGAAAGUGGAGUUUCAUCACCAACCAUUCAGGUUCCAAUACUUUGGUGUUUGAACCAACCGAGCAAUGGUUGAAUUCUCAUGUUUACACUGUCACUGUUUCCAAGUCGAUUCAAUCCAGUUUCUCAGAGACUCUUGAAAAGGAGGUGGUCAUCAAGUAUACCACUCCAACCAUUACCGUUGUCAGUCAAUUCCCAAGCAAAUCUACAACUGUAUCGGUUGACCGUGCGAAAUUCCUCUGUUUCGAAUUCGAUCAAGAGGUGAACACCGCUCAACUCUUGAAGUCGGUGGUCGAUCUCGAGAUCUUGGACAGCAACGGAAAGCGUCUAAAGAAAUCGCCAUCGUUGUCACUUGCCACUGAGGAAGAGAUUGCCGGUAUCACUGAGGAGGCCAUUAAAUUAAUCGUAGCCACCUCACCAAGAAAGUUCAUCAUCUUUAAGAACCCAUUGGUUCACACCAACUCCACUAUCAAUGUUGUGGUUGGACCAAACAUCCCAUCUGCCGAGGGUCCAUCCACUGGUGAUUUCCUCGUAAAAACCAACUUUAAUGUUUCUGAUAAUCUCAGAAUUCAAUCCAUCAAAUUAGGUUCUGUUUCAGGUGCAAUUGAAAUUGUUUUGAAUCAACGUUUGAAAUUGGAUUUCCCAACAUCCAAUUCAACAACUGUUCCAACAACAACUCCAGCAACCGAAGUUACAGAGGGAUCAACCAAUGAUGAUAUUCCAACAACUUCAACAACUACAACUACAACAACUACUACAUCAACUUCAAAUUCAACAGUUGCUGAUUCCCAACCAAUUCCAUUACCAGUUGGAUGGUGUCCAUUGUUAACACCGGAUCCACAAACAAUCACUCGUUGGAUGGUUUACAGAAAGGAGAAGCACGAUGAAAUCUUUGGUGUUCCAGAGGGAAGUUUCCCAGGUUCAACCGUUUUCACUGUUAAUGUCUCAUCGGCAAUGGUGUCAGAGUUUAAUGAGUUAUAUCAGAGUCGUGAUAGUGAUUCAAAGACAUUCACUACACCUAUUGCUUCUAUCGUUCGUACUGUACCAAGCAAUUCCUCUCAGACAUUCCAUUUGAAUCGUCCGAUUCUCUUGUUGUUCAACCAGAAAGUCGAUAAACAAUCGGUUUUGAAACACACUCAACUUCACAUCGGUAGCGGUAAACUCAAGAAGAAGAAGGUCAGCAUUGAACUCUCUGAUGACUACUCCAAUAUCUAUGUGGAUGAAAAUCCUGACGUUGCAUAUUGGGUCGCUUUGAAGCCGGCCGGUGGAAAGCCGUUGGUUGCUAACUCAACCUAUCACGUCACUCUCAAGGAGGGUAUCAAAUCGUCGGAAGGAGCAGUUGAAUCAACCGAUAGCCAUGACUUUACUUUUGUAUCCAAUACAACUCAUGUCUAUCUCUCGAUUGUCAAUCAACAUGUUGAGAUUCGUUUCGACCACAACGUGUUCAACGCCGAUGAGAUUCCAGACAUUGUCGUCCGACCGGAUCCUGGAUUCACCGUCACUUGGACAGUCAGAAACAACUACACCGUUGCCUGUGGUCAGCCAAUUACCGACUUCCCAUUGUCGACACUCUACACUUUCAAACUUCCAGAGAACUUGGCGUCGAGAAACGGAUUCUUGUUGGAGCGAAACGAGUUGACCUAUCAAACCAGUGUCAACAGCAUCUCAGAAAACUCUGGAUAUCCAAGUCGUGUACAAGGAAUCUAUUGGAUGUUGUUCCAACAACGAAUCGAUCCAAUCAAACAGAUCGAACAUGUCAAAUUCACUUCACAUCGUGGUAUCUUCAAGUUCAAGCAUUCUCACAAGUUGCGUUUGGCAACCGAGGAAGAGAUUGCCAAGGAAGUCAAGUUGACUUCCGGUGCAAGAUUGGAGCUGCUCAAUAGAACAUCCGCAGAGAAAUUGUUGAUCUAUGUACCUGUCACUCCACUGCCAACCAAGGAAUCGAUCACCAUUGAAGUGGAUAAAGUAACAUCUGAAGAAGGACCUCUGACCAACGAUAAGGUCUAUCCACGUUACAUCACGUGUGUACUACCACUCCAAAUGACCUACCCAGUGUUGCCCAUUAAGAAAACCAUUGAGAUUCGUCACAACGAUAUCAUUAGUUUCAUCUUCAAUCACAACAUCUCAAAGUUGAUCGAUGUCAAUUCGAUUGUUGUCGAGCCUGCUCCCUGUGAGAACUACGACAUUCAAGUCUCUGGAAGAACCAUCACCAUCGAGAAUCUCUUCCCAAAGAUAAUGAAGAAUAUCGAUUAUCAAUUCAAGAUCACCAUCUCCAAAGAGAUCUCUGACAUCUAUGGUCAGUCGUUGAGUGAAGAUAUCGAGUUGAACUAUCGUGCUGUUCCAUCGCCAUUCGCCUAUGACUUGUCAUUGGGUUGGACACAUCAAAUGUUAGAUCAAUCGGUGGUGACCAUCGAUCCAUCUCUUCAAACUCCAUCGAUCAGUUUGAAGACACUCAAUCUCAAUCAAGUACGUGUUCAAUUGUAUCGUUUGAAUCCUCACUUGGACUACCAUGUAUUCCAACAGGAACAGUUACCUACAACCAUUGUUGGUGAGGAAUACAAGUUGAAGACAGGAGAAUUGGUAUUCAAUGAAGUUCUUGACAUCAACGAACCAGAGAAGGAUAAGAUUAUCGAAAGUUUCAUAGAUGUUACACCAGCUCUUGCAGCGGAAUUGAAGGUUGGACAUGUCGGUGUUGUCAUUCUCCCAACUCAAUCGGCAAUCUAUCCAAACAAACCAAAUUCGCGUACCGGUGUAAAGACAUGGAUUCAAUGUACUCGUCUCUCGAUUGGUGCAAUCGUCGACCAGAAUCACAUCACUGCAUGGGCAUCGAAUGUUGCAGACGGUUCGGUUGUUCCAGGUGUCAAGAUCACCAGUGUCUCCAAUGUCAAUGUCUCACAUCAUCAAUCGGCAUUCAAAACACUCAAGAAACAAGCAUCUUCCACCACCGUACAACGCGCUGCCGGUACAUUCGUUGAGGGUACAACCAACGAAGAGGGUGUAGUCUACAUGACCACCCAAAAGGAAUACUCACAGAUGCAUUUGAUUGCUGAGAAGGAAGGUGACUGUUGUCUUCUCCAACAGGUGUUUGUCAAGCCAAACACUGCCUACCGUAGUUUGGCAUGGCAUGUAUUCGACGACCAGUCACUCUACAGACCAAAAGGAACCAUUCAAAUCAAGGGUUAUCUUCGUCUGUUGAAUCGUGAGGCGUCGGAAUCAAAGGUUGCCAUUCACACAAUGUCGCCAUUCCAAAUCAAAUAUCAAUUGCAAGACGGUGCCGGAUCACAAGUCACCAAGGGUGAAGUGAAGCUAAAUGCAUUCGGUCAAUUCAACUUUGGAAUUAAGUUGCCAGACAACGUUAACUUGGGAACUGCCAUCUUGAAUCUUAGUGUCGAUGACUCUGAGAAGGAGUUGGUGACACUGCCAGUCGGCGGCCAAACCAAGCCAACCAAAUUCAAAAUCUCUGAAUCCAACAUCGCAUUGAUGCAAUUCAAGCAUUCUUUCAAUGUUCAAGAGUUCAAACGUCCUGAAUUCCUUGCUGCCACAGAGCUACUCGCUAACGAAGCCGACCACUUCAGUGGACACACCAUCGUUCAGGUGAAAUCCACCUACUUUGAGGGUGCAGCACUCUCUGGCACCGAUACAAACUGGCGUGUACAAUCGUCGAGUGGAACAUACCGUCCUCCAGGUGAUCACUUCUCUAAGUAUCAAUUCGGUGUCGCCACAGAGUUCAUUGAUGCCAACGCCACCAAGAAAUCAAAGACACUCAAGGGUAGAACAUCGGAUGACGGUACUCACGCUGUGAAGAUCUCCUACAACGGAGUGGUUCCAUCGCCACCUCAACCGGUGUUUGUCGACGCCAAUGUCGAUAUCCACGACCUCAACAACCAGGUGAUCAACUCGACAGCCAGAAUCAUCUUGCAUCCAUCGAACUACUACGUCGGUGUCUACUCAUCGGCCACAGGAAAAUCACUCACCAUUACCGAUGCCUCUGCUAACGAACCAUUGAUUUUCGAUGUUGUCGUUACCGAUAUCAAUGGAAACUACAUUGCCGACGUGCCAAUUAACUUGACAUUGGAAACCACCACUGGAUUGAACACCUCCGAGCCACAGCAUAAACAAACCGAAUCGUUGGUAUCUAAAUCACAACCAUUCAAACACCCGAUCAAACUUCAAUCACCAUCGAUGAAACCAGAGUUGGAAGCGGUGAUCUACAAAUUCUCUGCAUCAAUAUUCGACGCUGAAAACAAAGAGAAUCAAACCAAUGUUUCAUUCAACAUUCAAUGGAAACUCUCUCAAUUCGAACCGAAACCAAUUGAAUCAACUAAAACCACAACUACCACUACUACUUCCUCUGCCAAACCAGUUAGUAGUGAAUCUGCCAAAGCAACAAGUGAACCAUUCAUCUUUACAAUUGCAGGUGAACCAACUCAACAAUUUGCCAAUCUCGUGAAAUUGGAUAAUUUGUUCACUUUCGAUAAGGAUCUCUAUGAGAUUGGACAAGAAGCAAAGCUUAACAUUGACUCACCAUAUCCCGGUGCUUUCAAUGCCGUCUUCACUGUGAUGUCAGGUGGUGUUGUCGCAACGAAAUCAUUCAACUUUGAUCCAACCAAAGAUGAGAAUGCCAAACCAAUUGCAACUUUGACAAUGAUUGAAGAAUGGGCACCUUGUGUAACCAUUCAGUGUGAUCUUUGGUAUUCCGAUCGUUUGGAUCGUUACCAUGCCAAGCGUGACAUCAACAUCAACAUGUCCACCAAGCAACUCACUGUAAACAUCACACCGGAAGACGAAGAUGUAGAACCAGGUGCAACCACCAAUAUCGAUGUGAUUGUACGUGAUUCCACUGGUACUCCAGUGAAUGGUGCCGAAGUCUGUUUGUUGGUAGUCGAUGAAUCCAUUCUCUCCUUGACAAACUACUCCAUUCCCGAUCCAUUAACUUCUUUCUAUCCAGCCAAAGGUAAUCCAUACCCAUUGUCCGAACACUUCCAUGGUGUAUCCAACACCAGUGUUGUUCUUCAACCAACAUUCAAAGAGAGUGCAAUUCUCAGACCAAAGGUUGUUGUUGCACCAGUUACUACAACCACCACUCCAGUGAAAUCGGAAGUUGAUGACAACGAACCAUCUUCAUCUAACAACACCACAGGCGUCGAACAACCAGUUGUUCCUGCCAAGACUAUCAAAUUCAUUGAAGUUUCAGACGAAGAAUCAUCACCACUUACUUUGUGCUCAUUGGAUUCAGUGUUGCCAUCUGCUUCAUUGUCAUCAGCACCACCACCUCCAAGAGGUGUCUCCAAACCAGGAUCAAGUGGAGGAUCAGGUAAAUCUUCAAGUGUUAUUUUCGAUAUCUUGGAUACUGCAGGUUGUGAAGAAUUCUCUGCAAUGAGAUCACUCUAUGCGAAAUCAUCCAAAGGUUUCCUCAUUGUAUUCGCUCUGAACAAUCGUCAGUCAUUCGAUUCCGUUACCUCUCACUAUCAACAACUGGCAAGAGAUCGUGAUGAAGAUGAAAUUCCAGCAUUGCUCAUCGGUAAUAAAUGUGAUUUGGUUGAAGACAUUCAAGUUACUUUUACAGAGGCAACUGAGCUGGCAAGAUCACUUGGAAUGACCUAUUUGGAGACAUCCGCCAAGACCAGGUUGAACAUCGAAGAGGCAUUCACCACGAUUGCCAAAAUCAUCAGAAGAAGAACCGGUGGUGAUCCCGAGGUCAAACUGGCAGUGAUUGGUGACGGCGGUGUCGGAAAGUCAGCGAUGACCGUACAGUUCACUCAAGGUAUGUUUGUCGACGAGUACGAUCCAACCAUUGAAGAUUCCUACCGUAAGCAAAUCUCACUCGAAGACGAUGAAGACUACUCCUAUUCCGCGAAAUCAUACGGUCGUCCCUCUAAAUCCGCCAAGAAAAUGUCAAUGGGAUUCGGUCUUCCUAAAUUCCCAACUCUCAAGAGAGAAACUCAUCACGCGGACAAAGAGAAAAAGAAGAAGUCAAAGGAAUAUGAAGAAUCCAGAAGCUCAUCAGCAACGACAAGUAGUAGCAGUAGAUUAAGAUCAAAGACUGCUGCAGCUCCUUCGGAAGCUGGUGCGCUACUAAGUGCAAUCUCCCAAGGUUCUGCACUGAGAAAGCAUAAUUUGGAUGAUGGUAUUUUGAGAUCCGCUGGCCUUGACCAAGCACUGGAAGGCGAUGAUUGGGGAGAAUCAUACAACGAGAAGGAUAAGAUGGAUUUAGCUGCCGGUGAACCGGAAAUCUAUGAAUCCGAGGAGGAUUUGGAUGAGGAAGAAGAAGAGUUGGAUAUGAUCUCUUUGAUGAGAGUCAAUUUCGAUGCACUCGCCAACUUUACACCAUCAGUUACCACCGAUCAAGAAGGUAAAGUAAGAAUUCCAGUGACUCUUCCAGACAAUCUUACUCGUUAUCGUAUCUGGGGUGUUGUUUCCAAUCAGGAACAAAAGUUCGGUAAGUCAGAAUCAUUGGUCAACGCCAAGAUCAUGUUGUCCACCAGAUGUGUACCACCAAGAUUCCUCAGUCUCAACGAUAGCUGUGAAAUCACUGUAGUCGUAUCGAAUCUUUCCAAUCAAGAUAGAAUUGUUAAACUUGGUUCAAAGGUAUCUGAUCAUCUUGUAUUCGAUGUCAACAACAGCAACAACACAGAGAACACUCUCAGAUCCUAUGGACAAUUCGCAUUGGUCAAGAAGAAACAAAGAAGAUCAUUCACUUUCCGUAUUAAAUCUGUCAAUGUCGGUGAAUCAUCUAUUCAUUUCAGUUGUGUCAGCGGAAAGUAUGGUGAUGCAAUGGAAGUUCUCAUUCCAGUCAAUCAACCUCCCACCACUUUGACUUCUUCCAUCUAUGGAACCAUCGAUGAACAAGUCGGUGCAAUCCAAGAAGUCAAGAUGCCACACGAUUCACUUCCAUACUUUGGUUCAUUCCAAUUGGAUAUCAGUUCAACUCUGUUGCAACAUCUCUCGGAUGCUGCAUUGUCGCUGAUCAACUACCCAUACGAGAGAACCGAGAAUCUUGCAUCACAAGCAAUCGGUAUCGUUUCUCUCUACCAGAUCAUGGGUGACCAGAAACUCCAACAGCUACCCUCGCAUCGUGAGGUGAAGAAGAAGAUUGGUCAACUCAGUGUAACUCUUGCCAAUCGUCAGACUGAACAAGGUGACUUCCACACUUGGAGCUCCAAAUACUUUGGUAAAUGUGAUUUCGAGUCGGUCCAUGCCGCUCACGCCCUGGCGUUGAUGAACGACUGUGGAUACACUGUCAAGGGUGAAGUGAUCACCAAAUGCACACAAUUCUGUCAAUCCUACGUUGACAAGCAUCUCACAUCAAAGAACGACGCCGAGUUGGCAACCGUUUCCUAUGCCAUCUACACACUCUACCAGCUCACAAGCAACAAGAAGAACAGAACCAAGAUAUCCGAUCUUGCCGUUCGUUUCUACCAAGCGCAUUCCUUCAGUGAGUUGACACUCGAGAGUUUGGCAUGGAUUCUUGGUACUCUGGUGGAAUCACAAUUCUCAAAGAAGCGUGAUGAAAUCGUUGCUUACCUCACCAAGAAUGCCACGAUCGAAGAGAACUCCAUCACAUUUAUCAGUUACUACGAUAAGAUUAUCAAGACUCAGCUGUUCCACGAUCCAAUCAGAACCAAUUCAGUGAUUCUCAGAUCGAUGGUCGCUUGCAAGUCGAACAGCGAUAUGAUUCCAAAGAUUCUCAUCGGUUUGUUGGAUAGAAAAUCCAAUGGUGUGUGGACUAAUAUUCAAUCGAAUUGUUGGGCUAUCACUGCCAUCGCAGAGUAUUCAUCGGUCUUUGAAAAGAGUACACCUAAAUCGUUGGCUCGUGCAUGGUUGAUCAAGAGCGUUGUAGGCAAUGAAGUAAAUGGUGUCUACUGUGGUCAAACCCCAUUGUUUGAAGGUAGAUCAACCAUUUCCUACUCAAUGGAAGUCCCAGUUGCUGCUCUCUUCAAGAAGGAUCUCGGAUUCAAGCAUACCGUUCCAGAAGGAAAACCAACCUCCACCAAGUCAAGAUCAAAGACCAAAGAAGAUGUUAGAAGUAUUGGUAAAGGAAAAGGUCAAUCUGUUGCCGCUGCACUUGCCGCAGAGAACAAUACUACUACUGCUCCAACAACCACUACUACCGCACCACCAACAACAACUACCACCACUGCUGAAUCAACUAACACUGCUGCUCCAACAACAACUACAACUGAAACUAAUACAACUCCAGCUGUUGCACCAGUUACUGAAACAACUACCACCACUACAACCACUGAUGCCGCUCCAACAACAAAUGAUACCACCAACUCCACUGCUGAAUCAACAACUACCACAACCACUACAACUACUGAUGCUGCUCCAACAACUACUACUGCUACUGCUGAAUCAACAACUACCACAACCACUACUACUUCUGAAAAUGCUGCUACAACUACAACUGCAGUUGUUGCACCAAGUGUUUCAUUUGACGUACCACCAACACAAACAUCAACAGUAUCACAUCCAGAGGGUGAGAUUUGGAUUCAGAAGGAAGGUAAAGGAAGAUUAUAUUACAGAUUGAAUAUCAAAUAUGCUCCAACUGAAUUGAAGGUCGACCAAGAAUCGAAUGGAUUCGAAGUAUACAGAGGUUUCGCUCCAAGAACCGAAGAUGAUCAUAUCGAUUUCGAUCCAGUAGAAUCAACAUUAAAGAUGAAAGUUGGUACUCAAUUCACUGUUACACUCACUGUUGUCACAGAGUCUACAAGAUACAAUACAGCAUUGGUUGAUAAACUAGCUGGUUCUUACCAGUCUGUUGAUAUUAAGGAUGUUAAAAUCACUGAACUUUGGGAAUUUAAAUCCUAUAAAUUGUGUAAAUUAUUUAACUUUUUUUUUUUAAAACAAAAUCUACAGAUAAACUUUAGAGAUGAAAGAACAGAAAUUUUCUCAUCGACAAUGGCACCAGGAACUCAUGAAUUCAAAUACAACCUAAGAGCCACAAGCAAAGGUGAAUUCUUAAUUCCACCAGCUACCAUUGAAGAAGUUUACGAGCCAGAGAUCAAUGCCAGAACUAAAUCAGUCAAAUUAAUUGUUGAAUAA